CAGAUGUCAGUAACUCGUAGUGAAAGUUUUUAACAUUAAAAAGAAGAAGAUUGCUGGAAAAAUCGAAAAAAGUCCUUUCCAUUGCAUUUUUCUCAUUGAAAAAUUUGCUGUAAUAGAAGUUUUGAAACAUACAAUUCGAUAUAGUAAAAUCAUACUAUAGUUGCACGAUUGUUCAACGAAGUGUGGCUUAUUUCAAAUGUCUGCUAACCUUGGUGUAUACAGACCGAAAAUAUUCACGAGAGGGAGGUGCUACUGAUCAAGCAAAGUGCAAUAAAAUAAACCUUUUUGGAUUACAGUUUCAUAACUGCGAGCUUAUCAUUUUGCGAUCUCUGUAAACAUAAAAUGGUCGUCCAAACCAAAUAGACAUUGAACAGUAUCAACAGCAGUGUUUAGUAAAAUUGAACGGUAAAAAAGAUGAGUCGAAAGAAUGAAACAGAACGACAAAAGCAGAUUCAGGAAAAAUGUCAGGUAUUGUUAACGAAAAUGUUACGAGAUGACGAUAAUAAAUAUUGCGUCGAUUGUGACGCCAAGGGACCACGAUGGGCUUCCUGGAAUUUGGGUGUUUUUUUGUGUAUCCGAUGCGCUGGAAUUCAUCGCAAUCUCGGAGUACAUAUAUCACGCGUUAAAUCAGUCAAUCUGGACAGUUGGACUCCAGAGCAAGUAGUUUCGCUUGAACAGAUGGGGAAUUCUCGAGCAAGAGCAGUGUACGAAGCUUUAUUACCUGAUGGUUUCCGUCGACCCCAAACUGAUUCAGCACUGGAAAGUUUCAUUCGUGCAAAAUAUGAGCACAAAAAAUAUCUUGCACGAGAAUGGGUGCAACCGCCCCCACCAAAGGUCGAUUGGGACAAAGAAAUCGAUGAAGAAAUAGAGCGCCAGAAGCGUAAAAAGAAAGCAGCUUCAAGUGGCGGUACCAUUUCGAUCGGUGCACCUGGUUCAUUGACAGGCUCCAGUCAUGGGGAUAAAAAGAUUGGUUCAUGUUCCGCAAAUGCCACAGUCCCUUUGCCAAAACUUAAAGCGCCAGUUGGUAGUACAAAGACUUCGAGCAGAAGUUCUACCGAUGCUUCCAGUGCUUCAUCUCUGACAAGUCAGGGAACAUCGGAUCUUCUAGGGCUUUCGCUGGGGUCAGAUGCGGCAUCGAAGAAAAUAAAUGGGGAAACUGGUGAGACUGUGGAUAUACUGUCGAGUGGGAAUGAUCGUUCGAUAGCGAAAAAUGCUAACAGUGAUGAAUUCGCCAAUCUAGCAAAAGAAGAGGCUGAUUUCUUCAAUCAAGCCUCCAACAAUUCAAGCGAAAUGCAAGGGAAACUAACGAAGGAUAAAAUUUUGGCAUUGUACGGUGCAGCACCUACAGCAAUGGUGAAUAAUAAUUUUAACUCCAAUCUUGGUGGAUACGGCAAUUUUAAUAGUUAUCAGUCGAAUACAUUCCCUCCAACGGUCGGGGCAAAUCCAAAUCCUUACCAAAUGAACAACGGUCAAACUUCCGUUCCGGUGGCUGCUGUCGAAGCCUACGGUGCUUUUCAAACAUUUCCAGCAAAUGGUCAAUUCAUGAUCCCUGCAGCAACUGCUCCUUUAGCAAGUAAUCCACUGUUGUAUAGCAGUGGAACUCUCCCAGCUGCAACCAUACCUCAGUCUCAAUCCACAUUUGGUGCCAUUCAGUUCCCAAAUCUCCUUCAACAACAACAACAACAGGUUGGAGGUACAGUUGGCGCGACACCCGCUACCUUUGCAAGUUUUCCGCCCCAGACCCAGCCAGACAAGUUAAGCAAUCAAUUUGGUAAUAUGAAUUUACGCGACGUGUGGCAAUAAUUUUAUUUUUAGUUACUUCAUAUUUUCUGACUAUACAUUAUACAACAAACGCAGACUAGAAGAGAACGGAAAUAAUAGAGUAGCAACAAUACUGAAAUCAAAUUCUAUAACUGUGGAGAUAACAAAUAUUUACUUAUAUAUUUUAUUACUUAAACGAACUGGAUGAACGUAUAAGAAGUGUACUGGGUAAAAUAAGGAAACUUCAAAGGAACAUACUAAAAAUAAACAGAUAAAAAACUAUACAUUGGAAUCCAAACAACAAACCUUUCGUAAUUGAAAGUACGGAUUCUUAAUUAUAUGUUUUGUUGAAAAGAACUGAUUUAUGGAUGGAUUCCUUUGCACUAGUUAUCAAGAUGAUUUUUGCAUUAGUUUUAGUAUGUCGGUAGAUUGAUAGCAGUGCAUCUUGUUCUAGUUUUCUACGCGUUAGUUUUUUAUUAUUCAUUACAACCAAACGAAAUCGAGGAGAGUGUAUGUAAACAGUAAUUUGAACGUUUAUUCACAUGCAUAUUAUAGUAAAUGUACAACCACAUCAAAAACACAACCGAAAGCGAUUCCACGCCCAAUAUUGCACGGCGUUGUCUUCAUUGCAUCUUUAGUAGUAGGUUCACGAAAUCAGUAGGUAUAACACCUAUUACGGUUUACAUACGAAGUGAUGGAGUUGACAGUAUUUAGAUAAAAUAGUUAAGAUAAAAUGAAAUAAAUCUGAGAAAUGUUGAUAAAUUCAGAGUAGCAGUGAGUUUGUACUAACUAUUACACGUAGAGGAGAAUCGACCUCUAUAAUACAAGAGCAGAAAAAAUUACGAAAAUAUAAAAAAACUAUUAAUACGAUGUGCAUACAAUUGAAUGGUAAAUAUAUUGGAUAAACUUAUAAUAA